UGGGAGAUGGGCGGAGGAGCUGGACUCACAGGGAGGCGGUUUCAGCAACAGCGCCAGCAGCAGGUUCAGCGCCGUCACUCUUCAAGUCACCUCUGAACAGAAAGCCGACGGAAAGCCCGAAGAAGCACCUCAGCCCGAGAGUUGCUCGCAGACGGCAGGAAGCGCCGCGCUCCGGCAGCAAGGAGCCGGCUAAAAUGUAUCAGGGCCACAUGCAGGUCAUUUAAUGUCGCUCCAGGAACAUGACUAGUCACUUCCUGGCGUUAGCCACCCAUAUGCCUUGGCACACGUUGUUUGGAACUCACCGGAAAACAUGGCCUUUCUUACACAGUGUCAGAUUGGAACAUCUUCAGCUGGUGAAUGAACAGCAGGAGAGUCGACCCCUCCUGAGCCCAUCAAUUGAUGAUUUUCUACUUGAAGCAAAAGCUGACAGAGUUUCCCGUACAACGACUUCAAAUACAGCAGUUCUGUCACCAGCUUUGGAUCUCCUGGACCUUAUGGAGCCAGCUAUGACAAGCAGUAAUAAGACAAAGAAAUCUGAUGUUGCCUCAAGAAGUGAAGCAGCUAAAACUGCCUCCUUUAGAAAAGAGCCAGAUGACACCGAUCUAAUCAAAGUAGAAAUUGAGCAAAGUACUCAGAGUGUCAAAUCCCCACAUAGACCAUCCCUGGAUGCUGUUAGUAUCCCACCACGUAUAGAGAAGUGGGAAGAAGUGAAUUUGCAGAGUGCAAAGACUCCUGAGGAACAAUGGGUCACAGAAAGGAGAUGUUCCAACAGGAUUGCUUCACAAGAGUUCCUCUGGUCUACAGAAAAUAAGGUCCAAUCUGAGGCUGUAACAGGUAAAACUGCAACAGAACUGCAUUCAUCAUCAACAGAACUGGAACAGAUACCAACAACACAGAAUCGAAUGACCAAGGAACAACGUUGGGGAAGUGCACUACUAACUCGAAACCAGUCAACAGAGGAAGAGUUUGAAAGAGCAAAGGCAGCAGUUGAGUCUGACACAGAAUUCUGGGAUAAAAUGCAAGAUGAAUGGGAAGAAAUGGCACGUAGAAAUUGGAUUGCAGGAAGUGAGCAGCCACCAACAAGUACAACUGUCUCCCCGCAUGAGAAGGGCUAUUAUUUUCACACUGACAAUCCCUAUAAAGACUGGCCCAAUGCAUUUGAGGAAGCAUUAAAGAAGCAGAAGGAGGGGGAUCUGCCCAAUGCUGUCUUGUUGUUGGAAUCAGCUGUUUUGCAGGACCCCUAUGAUGCAGAGGCCUGGCAGUACUUGGGCACCACCCAAGCAGAUAAUGAAAAUGAACAAGCUGCAAUUGUUGCUCUCCAGAGAUGUCUAGAGCUGCAGUCUUGUAACCUGGAUGCCCUUAUGGCAUUAGCAGUAAGUCUCACCAACAUUGGUCUGCAACAGGAGGCCAGCGAAGCCCUGAAAAAUUGGAUUAGACAUAACCCCAAGUACAAGUACCUCAUAAGGGGAAAAACUGGCUCUCCAGUUCUUGGAAGGAGGGAAUCCAAAGAAACAGGAGGAAGUUUGUUCCUUGCAGAAGUAAAAGACCUGUUUUUGAAAGCAGCUCAUCAGAAUUCAGAUGCCAUAGAUCCAGACCUGCAGACUGGACUAGGUGUGCUUUUCAAUCUCAGUGGAGAAUAUGACAAAGCCAUUGAAGCUUUCAAUGCUGCCCUCACGAUUAGACCACAGGAUUAUUUAUUGUGGAAUCGCCUGGGAGCCACUUUGGCAAAUGGAGAUCGGAGUGAAGAGGCUGUUGAGGCUUACCAAAGGGCUUUGGAAAUUCAACCUGGCUUCAUCCGGUCAAGGUACAAUCUGGGAAUCAGUUGCAUAAACCUGGGAGCUUACAAAGAAGCUGUCAGCAAUUUCCUUACAGCUUUGAACUUGCAGAGGAAGAGUCGAAGCACACAAUUCUGCCACCAGUUUAUUUCGGGCAGCAUCUGGACAGCUGUCAGGAUAGCACUCUCCCUGAUGGACCAGCCGGAGCUCUUCCAUGCAGCACAUGUGGGAGACCUUGACACCUUAUUGAAAGCCUUCAAUUUGGACUGAUCUGUAUUCUGUCGUAGAUUAAUGAUUAUACCAGAUACAUAAAGCAUACUUUGCAUUUACCUGGAAAUCUCAAGCAUAUUGUCAAGAUUUUUACAGUUAAUUAAGAAUGGGAUUUUUCAUGGUGAAUAACCCAUUUCCUAAACACUAUCCAGUGGUUUUGCCAUCAUUUUGGAACAAAAGUCUAAAUUUGGAUUAAAAAAAUUUCAACCCAAUGUUAUGCAGUCUAUCAUUUUAACAUACAGUUUCUGGGUGGUGGAAUAAAAUUAGUUUUGUGAUAGCAUGAUAUAUGCUACAUUCUCAUUUAGAAUAUUCAAAAUAUGUUAAAUUCUUCAUUGUUCAUGGACUUCAUUAACAAUUUAUUGUCCGGCCCUAAUUGACUGAACUAGGGAGACAGUUAACAGAUGCAUUUGAUUUGCACACAGGUACCUUUCCUUCCCUUAAGGAUGUAAGUGAACCAGAUUUUUUUAACAUAACUAAUCAAUUAAUUUUUUAAUAUCUGGUUUUAAACUCCCCCAGUUGCUAUGGGAGAUUUUAACUCAGGUCAGGAUUACUGGUCUCUUGUUAAGAUCCAGUAAAUUAGCCUCCAAGGUACAGUAGAAGUUUUACGUUUUCCCACUGGGCACUUGUGUAUUUCAGCAACAAAUUGAAUAAUAUUGGAAAGCCGUCUCAAUAACAAAAGGCAAAAGUUAGAGAAAAACAUGCAGUGUCAGUGAGAGUAUCUGAAGCAAGUACAAUAGAAAUGUAAAAGAGAAGUACAGCCUAGAGGGAUACAAGCCAAACACAGGCAAAUGGGAUUAGUUUAGUUUGGCAGCUUGGUCAGUACUGAUAAGGUGGGCCAAAGGACCUGUUUCUAUGCUAUAUUACUCUAUGAUUCCAAACCAUUUGCUGGAAAGUAGUCUUGUGCAUCUUACUCUUCUAUCUAUCCACCCAAUGAGUAGAUACCAAGUAUUGCUACUUUAAUGGAUGAAAUGAAAUCAUAAUGCUCAGUGGCCCAAAAAUUAAAUUUGGUUCUCUUUCAGGAUAGAUGUAGGAAAGGUUAACCAACUGAAGACAAAAUCAAUAGAUUUUUAGGCGUUAAUGAACAAGGAGACGUGGAAUUCGUGUCCUUGCGUUCUUUAUCACUGUAGCUUUUCUUUUUAAACACAGUUUUCUCCCCCGUCAAGUAUGCUGACAGAUGUAAUGAGAUUAAUCCCCAGCUAAAUCCUAAGUAAUUUUGAAAUGAUGAGACAUGAUGCCUAAGGUCAUAAGAAAUAAAAAUGUUAAAACAUAUAAAAAUUAGUUAAUUACAGUAUAUUCUUGAACAAUAUUAUUCAAAUAGGACAUCCUUUUUAUUAACAGUCAUCUAGAACCUUCCCUCAAUGAGGAAUAUGGCACAUAUUUCUGUCCAAAAAAUUAAUAAUUGGUAUUAAUUCAUAGAUGCUGUUUAUUUUACCAUUUCCUUUAACUUCCCAAGAGAUCCUGUAUGUUAAAUUUACUUACUAGUGUAAAAUGUGUUCUUGUACAUCUAACUUAGAAUUGUUCAUUUUUUUGAAUAUUUUCAUUACCAGCCUACAUUUAUAAAAUAGCACAUUGUUUCUUUUUUUGAUUUUUCUGGUACUUUCAAUAAACCCACUGCAGGUUUUAUUUAGUUUUGUAACAGAACUAUAAUAGCCCAGAGUCUAAAGUCAAUGAGAACUAAAAUCACCAGAGCACACACAAUAUGAAACUGCUUACCAUAACCAGAAAUGGACAGAUAAAAAUCUAGAAUUUUUAAAUGGAAUAUAUAAAGAUCUGGAAUUUAUUUUAAAAUAAGCAUGCAAAAAAGCAUACUAAUUUAGUACUGGUAUUUAUAAAGCAUGAUGCAUUCCGUUAAAAAAUACUUUCCUGAUGAGUACAAAUUUCCUUUGGAAUACUGUGUUCUGAUAGCUUAAAAACGCUUCAUUGUACUGAAUGACUUGGGCCAUUAGAAAUAAGUGUAUAUGCCUCAUCAUUCAGAAAAUAAUUUUUAUAUAAAUACAGGAAGAGAAAAAUAUUGCUAUGGUUUCAGAUUGCUUGGCACAGUUUUCUCUGAUAUAUUCAGUCCAAGUUACAGUCACAACACAAACAAAAUCACAUUGCAUGACUCUGAAACCCAAAUGCCUGUCGUUCUGUGUCCGUUUUAAAAUAGUUCCCUUUCUCCUUUAGCAUGGUAUCUAAUUAUGGUAUUUUUACAAUAUAUUCUGUCACUUCAUGGGGUAGAAUGAGGAGGGUAUAAGCAUCAAACCCCUAUCUAGACAAAAUAAAAUCAUGUUCCAACUACUACUUGAGCAAUCAUUUGGUAUCAGGGAUCAGCAAUUAAUUGCUUUCAUUUCAAUUUUAUUGAUUCUGAGGACAUCAAUGUGGCAACUGCAGACUCUUCCAUAAAUGAGCAGGAGGUACCUGCCCAGCACAUGCUCCAAGGCUUGGAGUUUCAAUAGCAUCCUCGAUACACUUACCCUCAUUAAGAAGUCAUGGGCCAGAUAGGGCCUCUGCCCCUUCCCUCUACAGUCCUGACGAAGGGUUCUGGCCCGAAACGUCGACUGAUCUUUUCCACAGAUGCUGCCCGACCUGCUGAGUUCCUCCAGCAUGUUGUGGGUGUUGCUUGGGCCAGAGUUUCCCAGACAUCAGUGAGGAAGUUGCAUUUUUUCACUUUGAGCACAAACUUCACUCUUCUGUCUACCUGAAAUUCUUCCCAUGACAGCGCAGAAUAAAAUAUGUUUUGAGAGUCUAGUGUAGGCUUGGGGAUAAAUGCAUUUUUGGGCACAUUGUAUUUUAAAACAAUUGUCAAAUGAUAUUAGCACAAAUAUUUUAAUGUUACAAAAGUUGUAUGAAUUUUAGCACUGCUUACUGAAACAUUAUCACAGCUUAUAAAAAGAGUUCCAGAUGGAUAGAUAUACUGUCACAUUCCUCAUAUGCUUUUAACAAAACUGCCCAUCUGUGUAUUUUAACUCGGGGAUGUGAUUGGUAAAAGAAAAUGGAACACUCUUAAAAUAUGUAUUCCUAUACUUGAGAUGAUUUCAGUAACCGCACAGUACAAUCACAGAUAGAAUAUGAUGCUAAUGAUAAUACAUGGUUCAUGAAAUAACAUGGGCAAACAGCCUGCCCUUGACAGACUUUAACUGAAGCAAAGAUGGGGCAUCAUUCUGUCUUCUUUGAAAGCUGCCAUGGACUUUAAGAUUUUAAGUUUGCCGGAUGCUCAGAGGUAUUUACAAAAAUUGUCAUUGAAAUAUCAAGUUGAAGUGAUUUUUUAAAAAAAUACUUACCUAGUGACAGCAUUGAGGGUCUCGGAUACUAAUUUGGCUCAGACUUGGUGUAGGAUCUGUGUGGGGACUCUCCAAUAAUAAUGCUGGACAAUACCACCAAGGCUGGGCCUGGUUAUUCAACUCCAAAUAGAUAUAAGCCAAGUGGUGAUAGAUGUGGCAUCUUUGGAACCACACCAUCCCAGCUAACAUGAUUUGGCCCAACAAUAAUGCACCAUGCCAUAGGGUGCAACUGCUGUGGUUAUGGCUUUUACUUGGCCUAAAAAUGUACUUAUCAAAAAUGGGCUUCUGAUACUUUGAGAGAUCCAGCAUGCUUAGGUCAAAUAAUACUUAAAAGCCUUUUCCAUUUUCCCUAAAUAUAAAACAUGAAAUACAGAUAAUUAUUGACUUUUACCUAUGGCCCAGACUACAUAUUUCCAUGAGCAUAUCAAAAGCAUCAAAAUUUUCCAUAAAUGUAUUAACUAUAAAGAGAAGUGCCCAUAGUAAAGUGUAAAUAUAUAAAGGGCGAAUAUUUCUGGACGAUUGUGGCUAAAGGAUGAAUCUGUUUUAAUUAAAACAUUUCUGAUUUUAUCACACCAAGCAACAAGUUUUAUGUGCAUUCUUUAUUAAACACAAAUCCUGGUUAAUAACACAUGAUUAUUAUGUGCAAAAAUAUCUUCUGAUACCAGACAACUACAGUGUAUUUUUCUCAGUGCUGGGAUUUUGCUUAACAUGAAUUUAGAAGCAUGACUGUGCUACCAGCAAAUGGUAAUUUUUAUUUUCCUUAAAACUUUGUUUCCAUUUGGGAACUAUAUAUGUAAGAAAUGAACUGUCUAGUUCUGAGGGACUUUGAUCCUAUUGUACAUUGAGUGAUGAAAUCACCAGGCUUUGAAACAAUUUGCAGGUAAUUCAAAAUACAAUUAAUUUGAUGCUUCAAACUGGUUUUUGCACUAAAUGAGGACUGCCAGUGUUAGCAUGUGAGGAAUUCUAAUGAGUACAGAACAUGAUAGGUUAUUUGAAUAAAGUUAAAAUAUGCAUAGGUUAUUUGCUGUACUGAUUCUCUCUAAUAAAAUUCACUUUGA